GGAGCAUUUAGCUCACUUUUCCACUGUGUGAGCUGUCAUUCUUUCCUCACGCAGCUGUGGAAAUGAGAUAAAACUGAGCUGCCACUUCGGAAGCCCUCACUCACUCACUUGUGCAGCUGGAAACCACUGAAGCCCAAAAGUACAAACGUUUGGUAACGUGUUAUUGUGCUGGAUGGCAGCUGCAUUCUGCAAGGGGGGAUCAACAGGUGGAGGGAAUGAAGAUUUGAUUUUUUCAGUUUGUGGAUUUUUUUAAAAAGCAGCAUUUUUGCUUUGACUGUUAGCCUACUUUUGAUUGGUCUCACAAACAGCUACAACUCAGAAGACUAGCACACCUUUGAAGAGACUAUGAAUGUGCUGUCAAACCCAGUGAUCAGGACCCAGGAGCAGUCUCUAGCUCUCUGUGGCCCAGGAUCUGUCCAGGAUUUACCCCACUGCCCUCCAGGGUUCAGCCUGAGCUCCCGCCUCAACCCUUCACCCAUGCUUGGCCUCCAGAGUGGCCAGAGAUCAACCAAACCUCAGAGGGAACUGAGCCCCGAGGAGCAGCAGGAGCUCAGGAGGAAGAUCAACAGCAGGGAGAGGAAGCGGAUGCAGGAUUUGAACAUCGCCAUGGAUGCCCUGAGGGAAGUCAUGGUGCCUUAUGCCUCCUCGCCAUCUUCUACCUCCUCCUCUCAGUCCCACCAACCCGGGGCUCCUCCAGGCCGACGGCUCUCCAAGAUCUCCACCCUGGUUCUGGCCAGAAACUACAUCCUCCUCCUGGGUUCAUCUUUGCAAGAGAUGCGGAGGCUACUGGGGGAGGUGAGUGUGGGAAUGGGGGUGAACACAGGGCCAGUCCCCCGGCUGCUGCUGGCUGGAGGAUGGCCUCUCAUCUCUGGUCCCAGUCAGCUCCUCCUCACCCAGGAGUCCCUCCUUACCUCAGCAGCCUCCUCCUCCUCUUCUUCUUCUAGUUCAUCAUCCUCUGCUGCUAAAUGUCCCCUGUUAUCUCCAAGCCCCAUGGAUACCUCGCUGGCCGCUGUGCAGUGGAGCUCUCCAGGAGCCUCAGGAGGGCCUCUGUGCCCCUGUGGAGUCUGCAGACUGCCCAGAUUUGGCCACUCCACUCCUGCUCCAAGAUUCCCUAAGUGACACCUUGAAAUGGAAGCUGAAGAGGAUUUAUGAUGAUGGGACAUGAUGCAACAUUUUUUUUUCUACAAAUACGACUUGUUAUUUAACAUUUUUAACAUGAUUAUAAUAAUUUACUGCAAUUAGUCACUAUUAUCCUCUGAUUUUUUUCCCAAAUUGAUCUAUUCUGUAGUUGGUAAGACAGAAGCAAAUAUAAUAAUCCCUUUUAUGUUUCAUAGAUAGGUUCUUUAACAUCACAAACAGAGAAAUAAUUGACUAUCUUGAUGAUUCUUGGAGAAAGUUUCAGCUGAAAUAAUUGUCUGUGGUGCAUUUGAUUGCAAUGUUUCACUGUUGUGUUGUUGCUUGCUGAGUGACAGUGGACAGGCGACAGUUUUAGGGAGUAAAACAUUUAGAGAGAGUUCUAAUCAAGAUAUUCUUAAAUAUAAAACGUCAUAAUUAAACGCUCUGAAAAUCUUUGUUUUGGUGGUUCUGGUGAUUUUACAUGAGAGAUUUUUGUAUUGCGUUUUUGUCUUUAAAUUGGGCAGGGUUGUGUUAUAAAGUGGUGAUAUCAUGUAUUUCCACAUGUUAAUCAGAAUUUAGUAAUUAUACUCUGAAGAGUCUGAUGUCAUUUCUUUCUUUCUUUGCUUGUUUCCUUUUUUUUUCUUAAUUGUCACUUUGUUUUCCGCUCUUUGAAUAAAUCAGUAUUUAAUGUUAGGCUCACAGUGAUUCAGUGUUAGGAGGGUCAGGGUUUAGACUGGUGUAUCUGUAUUUAUUGUACAUGUGUCAAUUUCUGUGUGUGUG